AUGGUGGCAUUGAUACCUACUCUCUUACAAAUAGUUUUUAGCUCUAUUGUAGUAGUUUCUUGUUCGUCGGUUGCUGUUAUCAUCUGUGUCUCCUAUGCUUCUGUUAUUGCACUAGUUCGUUGUUAUUAUUGUUCUUUCUAUUUGCUAUGUACUGUUUUCCAUAGCGCUAUAUUUUGUUGUUGUUAUGCUUUCAUUUCUGUAUUCUCUUUUCAAACUGUUUUGAGAUGCUUUUUACUCAUGUUCUUACAUCCUUAUGUAGCAAGUGCUGAUCCAUCAGGAUCAAGCACUGGUUCUGCAACAUCAAUAGCAGCAAACAUGGCAGCAGUAGCAUUGGGGACGGAAACUGCAGGCUCCAUUCUAUUUCCAUCAAGUGCUAAUUCUGUUGUUGGAAUCAAACCAACUGUAGGACUCACUAGCAGGGCAGGUGUAAUCCCAAUUUCACAUAGACAAGACACUGUAGGGCCAAUCUGCAGGACAGUAACUGAUGCUGUUGAGGUUCUUGAUGUCAUUGUUGGCUUUGAUCGAGAUGAUUUUGCAGCAACUAAAAAGGCUUCCACUUACAUUCCACAUGGUGGAUACUGGCAAUUUCUUAAGGCUGAUGGGCUCAGAGAUAAAAGACUAGGAAUUUCAAAGGACUUGUUUGGUUCCAAUGAUAUCAAAACUUACCAACAGCAUUUUAACACCUUAAGGCAAAAAGGAGCAGUCUUAGUAGACAACCUGGUAAUACCUUACACCGACUUGGUCUACAAUGCCAUUGUUGUUGCUCAAUACAUAGCACUUUCUGCUGAAUUCAAGAUGGACCUAAAUGCAUAUCUUAAACAUUUAGUCCACACUCAAGUUCGAUCCUUGGCAGAUGUUAUAGCCUUCAACAAGAUUUCAGCUCUGGAAAAACUCAAAAAAUAUGGUCAAGACAUAAUGUUGGAAGCUGAGAAGACAAAUGGAAUAGGGAAACUGGAAAGGGAGGCAUUGAGGAACAUAACAAAAGCAUGCAAAUACGGGUUCAAGAAGAUGAUGAAAGAAAAUAAGUUAGACGCGUUGAUGUCACCUGGUGCUGACAUUGCUGAUCUUCUCGCGAUAGGAGGUUAUCCAGGGAUCAAUGUACCAGCUGGUUAUGAUAAAACUGGAGCUCCGUUUGGAAUUUCAUUUGGAGGACUGAAGGGUUCUGAGCCAACACUCAUUGAAAUUGCAUAUGGUUUUGAACAAGCAACACAUAUCAGGAAGCCCCCUCCUUCACAUCCUCAAUAGGAAUUACAUAUUUGAUUCAAUCUAGAAUGUCCCACAUCCAAAAUGAUGUGUUAUUAUUAAGUAUAUUAAUGUUCCAAAGCAAAAUGUUGACAGACAAAAAUUGUCAUAUAAUACUGUCAAUGAGCUUUUAUA